GCCCUCUAUUCCAGCUGUAGCGCUAUGCGGCGUUUUCACUUUUUGUAGUGCAAACGGGAUGCUUGAAAGCCUUGAUUUCGUCGGCCUCUUUCGUAAUUCUAACUGAGAAAAUAUGGCGGGAGAAGUAAUAGUUGAUGCCUUGCCCUAUGUCGACCAGGGAUACGAUGAACCAGGAGUCAGAGAAGCGGCUUAUGCCCUUGUAGAGGAGGAGACCAGGAGAUAUCGUCCCACCAAGAACUACCUAGAGCAUCUGCCAGCCAUUGACAGCACUCCAUUUGUUACUGAAGUUUUGAAGAAUGAAUUCGAAAGGAUGGCCAUGAGGCAGCCCAUGGAUAUGUUAAGCAUGAAAAGAUAUGAGUUGCCUCCCCCUCCCAUCGGACGCCAGAAUGACAUCACAGCCUGGGCAGAGUGUGUCGAGAACUCCAUGGCGCAGUUGGAACACCAAGCCGAAAGAGUGAUCAACCUUGAACUUCUACAAAACUAUGGCAGCCAUGCCUGGAGGGCGCACAAUGACAUUCUGGUGAAGAUGGUAGAAGGUGCCCAGCAUCAGCUACAAGACAUCAAGAAACAAAUCCAGGAGGUCAAUUGGAAAAGAAAAAACAAACAGACUGCUUCAGGACCAGAACUCGGAAGAUUGCAAGAAAGCUGGGCUGGUUUGGUGUCCAAGAACUACGAGAUAGAGAGGGCAUGUCUUGAGCUGGAAUACGAUACCAACAACCUCAAACACCAGGUGGAUUCCUUGAAACCCAGUACUGACACACAAUAUGGACAAGCUAAUCGCCAAAACGAUGAUGUUGAUAUGGAGGAGAGUGAUGAGGAUGACGACGACGACGAUGAUGAUGAGUAUGCUGCUUCAAGAUGAUACUGUGGAAGGGAUUCUUACAAUAUUUUGAAAUUUUCAGUGUCAUUGGACUUUUUGGAGAAUGACAAAAGUGGUGCAGUGUAAAUUUAGCUUUUUAGCUAUUUAUUCCCUUCUUUGGAAACAGAUGUUCUGAAUAUUUAGGAGAUAUAUAAAAAGUUUAAUUUAACUUGUAAAGAUGAAAUUUAAUUCUGGCUGUAAAUUGGAGUAAUGGAGUACACUGUCUCAAAGUGAUCGAUAAAUGCUGUGUGUAAAGGCCACCGCACACCUUACGACUGUUUGCGAUCCGAUUUUGGAACAAAUCGCAUUUUGCUCAUUUUCUGAAAAAGUGAAUGGAGCAAAUAAUUUUAUUUGAGGUUAAAAUUAAUACUAAUAUAACCAUUUUGAAAGAUUACAAGCCUUUAUUUUAGAGUAAAGGCCAAAUUAGUUUCAAAUCGUAGGCAAUCGUACGACUGCUUACGUCUAGAUAUUAAAUUCACUUUUAUUCUAAGAAGGAUGAUAGCACAGUCACAGAUUUGAACACAGGUAUUCGUACAAUGAUUUAGGACAUUACACAGUAAGAUAUUCCAAGUCUCAGUAUUAGCAUCAAAUUCUACUACAUUUUAUUCUAAAUUCGGGUCGCAGACCAAUCGUAUGGUGUGCGGUCGCCUUAAUGUAUCUAAGAAUUGGGGCUUACUAUAAGGCAAUGGUAUCACCAAAAUGGUAGACAUAUUGACUCUAAUCUUGUGAAGAUCACAUGCACUGCACUCAGAUAAGCAUGUAUGGGACUACACCAAUAUUGUUGGCCACACACUUCAAUUGUCAUUUUAAUGACCAAUCCUUUACACUUGAUCAUUUUCACAUCAUAUGUCUUAAAUAUCAUGAAAAUAAUUGGAUUGCUCACAAGGAUUAUUUCCAUCUUUCCAAUAAUUUUCGUUUAUCUUUAAGCCUAUUUAGAUGGGCUUUUUUCAACCAAAAUUUUUGAUGGGGGAUCAGUGGGACCCAACCCCACCACCCCUGCUUCGAUCUCGGCUGGAAGAGGUCCGAUUAACAUAAAUUUUGCAAGAGACAUGUUGAAAAUAAAUGCCAUUUGUGGUAACGAUCUCAAAAUGAGUUCGAACAGAAUCCAAUAAAGUAACCACCCCGGUAUUUGUUUGUAUUAAUACAAAUUUAUGCCAAAUGACUCUGGAAGGAAAUAUUUGAUUACUGAGAAAUAAACAAAAUAAGCACAGAAUUCCAUAUAAUGUGUCCUUUUCCCAGAAAUAUUAAUCCACUGUCCCACGUAUGCUUUUUGUCUCGCCCACCAGAGGUGAAGGCGAGACUUAGGGAUCCAAAUGUCGUCCGUCACAAACCUUAUGACACAAAACUCCACAACCGUAAGUCGCUUUUCAACCAAACUUGGAUGAUAGAUGGACAUGGGGGACCUGCAUUUUAUGCUGCAGUCAGAGGUCACAUGUUAAGGUCAAAGGUCAUUUUCAGGUCAACAUUAAAGUUUAUGUGCAAGGCUCUUAUGACAAGUGUUAUUCCAUCCCAGUCAUUUCACAAUGAAGUUUCGAUACAAUUAUGUUGCGUGCCCUCGCAAAUUACGAUAUUUCUGGUUGUUUUCAUAAGUGGGCGAGACACAAAAUCGCUUUUGCCUUGUAUUUAAUAGUGAUCAUACGUUAAUGUACUGAAAAAUAGAUCUGUGAUGACCUUGAUUUUAAUGACUUUCUCAUGAAAUAAUUGUCUGCUGCAACUAUUUUUUGCAGCAGCAGCAUCAUUUUUAGGUACUACACUGUUGUAUAUUAUAUGCAUGUACUCUCAUUUCAAUAUCAUCUUAUUGUUGAAUAAGGUGUAUUCAUGGCACAUAUACAUUGUAUUGCAAAUGCAAUUUAAAAAUAACCUGGGCUUAUAAAGAGCUAAAUAGCCUUAAAUCUUAAAGAACCAGACUGGACCCCAAUCAUAUAUUAACAAUUGAAAGCUCAUAUAAUACUAAGCUAAGCAAUGCAAGCUUUAUGCAUCUCUACUGCUUACCAGCUGAGUAUUCUACUUCAGAAAAGCUCUAAGCUCUCUACCAGGCUUCGAAAAUAGGCUUUCUUGUGCUCUACACUGGCCUCGAAACCGUGACGUCAUGCAGUGCUAGAAGCGUUGUGAUUCCAUAGGUUUGUACGCAGAAUAAGCGGUUGAUUUUUCACUUUUCAAAUUAUGCAUUCUACUUUCCUUACUUCUAUCACAUAGAGAUAUCUUUAGCUGCAAACUUGGACUGAUCAAAUCUACAGUUUUAGAUUAUAUUUUACCAUAUUUAUUUCCCGCUUAUUUUGCGCAGCUUUCCAAUUCUAUCUGCAUUCAGAUUAGAUUACACAUAACAAUUUUUCCUGACGUAGCAGUUGUGUCCAAUAAGAGUCAAUCAAAGAAAUCAAAAAGAACUUUGUGAAGACUGAAGAGUUGUAUGUUUCCAUUCAUUUGAGCACAGAAUAAUUGUUAGUGCCAUUUUCCUCUGCAAAUUGAAAUAAAAAUAUAUAAGCUGGAAAGAAAAUCUUUUCUUCGUACAAACCUAUGGAAUCACAACCCUCCUGACACAAUGUGACUUCACAUAAAUCAAUGUGUUCUGUUUAUUAUUUGAUUGCAUAUUGAGAUAUUUUGAAAGGAAAUAGAUGUCAAUCAUGCUAGUUCAUUUUUGUUGAGAACUAGCUUCAUUUGGAUUAGUUGUAAUGAAUCCAGUCCUGCUGUAAAAGAUUCAUUUUUAUGUUGUAAAUAAAUUUCCUAUGAAACUGAA